AGUUCUCCCAGGGAACUCAGAGGUCCCCAUAUCAGGAGAGGAGGGGAAGGGCUCUCCCUGAGACAUUCAAAUUCCCCCUGCCACCAAUGGGGAGACCCAUCUCUCAACUAAGAAAGGUCCCGGGCAUUCCUCUGGAGGUGGCAGGGCAGGGCCUGAGUGCUUGAGGAAAGAUAAUUCUAAGCCAUAAUAGGAGUUUAUUGUGAUGACUUGGGGACAGAGGGACUCUAGUGGUUAGAGAGAUGGAGGGGCCUCAGAUGCAGGCCUGGGAAACAGAAUCAGCUGCCCAAUGUGAGUAACCUUGACAGAUGAAGUCUCCUUCUUUGGCCUCACCAGGCCCACUUCUGGUGACCAAGUCUGCGUGGUGACCUGUAGUUCCUAUCUCAGGUCACUGUGUGACCCUAGGCAAGUGACCUCUGAGUCUGGGUUUCUUCGUGGGUAGCUUGGAAUGAAAUCACACAGUGGAGGCCAAUUAUAAUCUCUAACUUUGUAGAUCAUAUUCUGAAUCUCUAAAAUGGCAAGAACAAGGUCUUGGCCUUUACAGUCCCUCAUUAGCUCAAAUCUUCAGGUUGGAGCUUCCCCUGGUAACCUAGCCUCUUGUGAGCACUUGUGAGCACUUGAGGGAUGAUGAGAAAGCAAGUGGAAGGGUGCAAACUGGAGGCAAGUUCAGCAGCGAAGGAGCUUGGCCCCCAAUGAUCUCUGGGGUCAUCAGGGUCAUUGUCCAGCCCAACCCCCAGACCCAGAAGAAAAUCCUGCAUACAACUGGCAUGAUUGGCUGGGGACAGAGCGCUGGGACUCAUGGAAGAAAGGACAAACGGACCUCUGGGGGAGGAGCUGCUCCAGCAGGAAAUGCCAGAACUGGGCAGGAACAAUAGCGGGGUUUCUUUGGCCCUUGUUUUCUUUGGCAUCUUAGCUGCCACGGAGCCCAGAGCCCACUCUUCCAAGUCCUUAGCAUUCCUGCAGGCUCCUCCCCUCAGCCCUGCCUGACUGACAGGGGAGGCACCUGUUCUCUACUCCCUCUGUACCCUCCCACUGGACUCUUCCCCCAAGCUUAGCACCACACUAAACCCUCAAGGGGCUUUUAAAAUUAACAGUCACAAUGUAAGGAGACUUUACUAAGCCUUAUUCUGUGCCAAGCACUGUGCUAAGGGCUUCUCUAACACACAUGGGGAUGGAGGUCUUUAAUGCAGCUCCUCUCCCGGGAUCCUAGGGGUCUUCCCCCUCCUCUAAGCCCUGGAGAGCCCUCCAGCCUCAUUCCCACAUGCCCGACCUGGAGUGGGUGGGAAGAGGGAGGGGGUGGUAUGGAAGGAGGUAGCAGGUCACAGAGGGGCUAUAAGCUCAGAGGGAAGGGAGAUGGGAACUGGAAGAAAGUGUCACCCAGACCAGGGGUAGAAAAACUUGACUUUGGGGAAACUGAAAAAGACCACAUGUAAGACAGAGACAUGGAAAAUGAGGUAGAAACAGACAGAAACAAAAAAAGGCACAGAAACUAAGAGGCAGAGGAAAGGUGAAAAUAGCCAGGAGACAGAAACUGCAGGAUGAGAUAAAUGAAUAGAGAGAAAGAGACAGAGACACUAAGACAGCAAAAGGCAGGAAGGAAAAACAGAAAAUGAGAAGGUGUGAGAGAGACAGAGAGAGGGAGAGGUGGAAAACAGAGAGACUGAAAUGAGAAAGAGACCUACCGAGAGAAACCGAGAGGAAGAGGCUGGCAGAGGUAGAGGGACAGAGACUAAAGACAGAGACAAAAAGAGAAACAGGAUUUUGCAAAGACUGACUGGCAGAAACAGAUUUCGAGGGGAGAGAGACCAAGACCAAGUGAGGGUUUGAAGGAGACUGAGGGGAGGUGGAGGAAGAGAAGGAGAGUCUUAGAUCCGGGGUGAGGGGCUUCUAGCAGGAAGAGGGGAGACGCCAAGACCGCGCUUGGGAGGUCAGUGGUGCGCCUCUACCCUCCCUGCUCUCCCACUCCCAUAGUCUCAAGGCCUCGCCUCACACCCCGCUCCCGUCAAGUCGACAAGGGGAACCCGGCCUGGGAGAGGGCGCCUCCAGGGGUCCACUGCCUAGUGCAGGUACUGCCCAGCUACCGGGCGUCGAGGAUUGCAAAGCAUCGGGGCAGGCUGGCACGGUGCCCACUUUUCCCAAAACGCCAGCCUUCCAAGCCCAGAAGCUCGCCCGGCCCAGGCCGGGAGCGGCCCACGACGGCCGGCCGGACCGCCCUGCAGGACCCAGCCCGGCCGCCCGCCCCCGCCGCCGGCAGUGGAGGAGGUGAGCGGCGCCGACCUGCGGGACCAGCAUCACUCCGACCCAGCCGGGGGUGAGGCGGGUCAGGAUGCUCCGGUCGCAGGAGGAAAAGGAGGAGCUGGACCAAAAGCCCGAAGAGAAGAAAAGGGGAAGCCCGCGCGCGGAGCGCGGUAAAGGCCGGCGGAGCUAGACGCCCUGAGGUAGGAGCUAAGCGCCGGGACCGAGCCCCGUCUCCCAGGGAGUCCGGGGCGCACGGCACCGAGGAGAGCGCGGGAGCCAACCUGGGCGCAUCAUGCGCGGGGUCCGGGACGCGGGGCCCGUCUACACCGCCGCCUGGGUCACGUGGCCCGGACGGGCAGGCGGCUGCCCGGCCCGGGGGGCGGGGGUCGCGCCGAGGUUGCGCUGGGCGGCGGGGAGCGGCGGGCCCGCGGCGGCCGGGAGCCUCCCAACCCGUGCGCAGCGCUGGCCCCUGAGAGUGGGAGCCGCCCCCUCCCCCCCCGCGCCGGCCCCGCGCCCGGGCCCCCCCUCCCCCUACAUGGGUUUCCCCAGCAGGGCCCGCGCCAGGCCGCCAGCCUCGCAGUGGGUGCGGGACAGAGCGCGGCGCCACCCAGCCAGGCCCCCGUCCCCGCCGCCUCCACCUCGUCAGCCGCCUGCGACCCAACGGGCGCCCCCCGCCGCGGCCGCCGCCGCCGGGCCCCCGCGGCCACCAUGAAGAAGGAGGUGUGCUCCGUGGCCUUCCUCAAGGCUGUGUUCGCCGAGUUCUUGGCCACCCUCAUCUUCGUCUUCUUCGGCCUGGGCUCGGCCCUCAAGUGGCCGUCGGCGCUGCCCACCAUCCUGCAGAUCGCACUGGCCUUUGGCCUGGCCAUAGGCACGCUGGCCCAGGCCCUGGGACCCGUGAGCGGCGGCCACAUCAACCCUGCCAUCACCCUGGCCCUCUUGGUGGGCAACCAGAUCUCGCUGCUCCGGGCUUUCUUCUACGUGGCGGCCCAGCUGGUGGGCGCCAUUGCCGGGGCCGGCAUCCUCUACGGUGUGGCACCGCUUAAUGCCCGGGGCAAUCUGGCCGUCAACGCGCUCAACAACAACACAACGCAGGGCCAGGCCAUGGUGGUGGAGCUGAUUCUGACCUUCCAGCUGGCACUCUGCAUCUUCGCCUCCACUGACUCCCGUCGCACCAGCCCUGUGGGCUCCCCAGCCCUGUCCAUUGGCCUGUCUGUCACCCUGGGCCACCUUGUCGGGAUCUACUUCACUGGCUGCUCCAUGAACCCAGCACGUUCUUUUGGCCCUGCAGUGGUCAUGAAUCGGUUCAGCCCCGCUCACUGGGUCUUCUGGGUAGGGCCCAUCGUGGGGGCGGUCCUCGCUGCCAUCCUCUACUUCUACCUGCUCUUCCCCAACUCCCUGAGCCUGAGUGAGCGUGUGGACAUCAUCAAAGGCACGUAUGAGCCUGACGAGGACUGGGAGGAGCAGCGGGAGGAGCGGAAGAAGACCAUGGAGCUGACUGCCCGCUGACCAGUGUCAGGCAGGGGCCAGCUCCUCAGCCCCUGAGCCAAGGGGGAAAAAAGAAAAAGUACCUAACACAAGCUUCCUUUUUGCACAACCGGUCCUCUUGGCUGAGGAGGAGGUGCCGGUCCCCCUGGCUACACAGUUAGAGAGGGGAGAAGGAACCUAUGGUGGAACUCCUGGGGUAGGGGCCAGACCCUAGGGGCCAGGGGCUAGGGUCUGCUGGGGAUGGGUCUCUCUGGGACAGACCUCAGAGAUUGUGAACACAGUGCCAAGCUCACAGGCUGCAAGGGCCAAGCUAGAAAAGAGUGAGCCUGCAGCCUGCAUCCCCCACCCCUGCUCAAGAGCCGAAGGGAUCCCAGCCCCUAGGUGGGCAGCGGCAGACCCUCCCCAGAGCUCCUUAGGAAGAAGAAAGACUGGUUCAUUGAAUGCUGCCUUAUUUAUUUCUAGUGAGGAUGCAUGCGUGGGGCUGCUGGUGUUUGGAGUGGGGGCUACCCAAUAAAUCUCUGAUACUCAC